AUGGGCACCAUGCACGAUCUGGACACCGCCCAUGAUGACCACAAGGAUGGCAUCGCCGUCGAGAUGGACGACAUCCACAAGGAUCCCAAGGCCAUGGAGGAGCUCACUGAAGCGGCCAUGGAUGCCGAGUUGCAGCAGCUUGAGCAGCAAUUGCGCGAGAUGAAGAAGCCGCGCUUCGAGGUUGCCUUCUCCAGCCCCGCUAUAUACACUUACAUGCUGGUCGCCUUCGCCUCGAUGGGAGGGCUGCUGUCCGGUUUGGACCAGUCGUUAAUCAGUGGUGCCAACCUCUACCUGCCCGGUGCACUGAAUCUGAAUUCCAACCAACAUAGUCUGGUCGACUCCGGUAUGCCCUUGGGUGCGGUGGCCGGUGCAAUCAUUCUAUCCCCAUCCAACGAAUACCUGGGCCGUCGCAUGUCAAUCAUUGUCUCUUGCAUUCUCUACACUGUCGGUGCCGCUCUAGAGGCCGGUGCCAUGAACUUCGGCAUGAUCUUCGCCGGUCGUUUCAUCCUCGGAGCUGGUGUCGGUCUGGAGGGUGGUACUGUUCCCGUCUACGUCGCUGAGAGUGUUCCCGGAAGAAUUCGUGGCAACCUCGUUUCCUUGUACCAGCUGAACAUCGCCCUCGGCGAAGUCCUCGGCUACGCUGUUGCCGCCAUGUUCCUCGAUGUCAAGGGCAACUGGCGCUACAUCCUCGGUUCCUCUUUGGUCUUCUCCACCAUCCUUCUGGUGGGCAUGGUUUUCCUGCCUGAAAGUCCCCGUUACCUGAUGCUUAAGAACCGACCUGUUGAAGCUUACGGAGUGUGGAAACGCAUCCGCGGCUUCAACGACUACGAAUCUAAGGACGAGUUCUUGGGUAUGCGCCAGGCUGUGCUCGCCGAAACUCGGGACAUGGCAAAUAUCAAGAAAUAUGCCUGGCUGGACUUUUUUACCGUUCCCCGCGCCCGCCGCGCCCUUGUUUACGCCAAUAUUAUGAUCAUUCUUGGCCAGUUAACGGGGGUGAACGCGGUCAUGUACUACAUGAGUUCGCUGAUGUCAAAUAUUGGAUUUGACGAUAGAAAAAGUGUUUUCAUGUCUUUAGUUGGCGGCGGAUCUUUGCUCCUCGGAACAAUUCCGGCGGUUAUAUACAUGGAGCGAUUUGGCCGACGUUACUGGGCUAAUGCUAUGCUUCCCGGGUUCUUCAUCGGCCUAGUCCUUGUCGGCGUCGGCUACCAGUUCAACUAUCACACCCAACCGGCUGCCGCAGAAGGCGUAUACCUUGUCGGAAUUGUCUUGUACAUGGGCUUCUUCGGCUCCUACGCCUGUCUCACGUGGGUCAUCCCCUCAGAGGUUUUCCCCACAUACCUCCGUCACUACGGAAUGACAGUCGCGGAUGCCAACCUUUUCCUCUGCUCUUUCAUUGUUACCUACAAUUUCACGCGCAUGAUGAAGGCGAUGACCCGUACCGGUCUUACCCUGGGUUUCUACGGAGGUAUCGCCUUCGUCGGCUGGAUCUACCAGAUCGUAUUCAUGCCUGAAACCAAGAACAAGUCUUUGGAGGAAAUUGACGAACUCUUCUCGAGACCCACCUCGGAGAUCGUCAAGGAGAACCUCGCUCAGACCAAGGAGGUGGUCAGUGAUCUGGUGCAUUUCCGGUGGAAGAAGGCGUUCUCACCUGCGCCCAGGAGGUCUGAGUAG